GAUCGAUGUAGGCCGAUAGAACACGACAGUGUUAAAAUAAUCAGUCAAGAUGAUGACGAAACAGAAGACGCAGGGCCUCGUGUCCGAUUUGAUGCCGAACAUCAAGUUGAUGCAACUGUUUGGACAUUUCCUGUUCAAUUAUCAUGCAGACAAUGCGGGCAUGUCCCUCCUUCUCCGCAAGAUCUACGCGAGCGUCCACGCGUUCCUCAUCGUGGUGCAGUUCGUGCUGAUGGGCAUCAACAUGGCCAAGUACUCGGAGGAGGUCAACGAGCUCACGGCCAACACCAUCACCGUGCUGUUCUUCGCACAUACUCUCAUUAAGCUGCUGUUCUUCGGUGUGACCUCGAAGAACUUCUAUCGGACGCUGGCAGUAUGGAACCAAUCGAACAGCCACCCUCUGUUCACGGAGUCCAACGCCAGGUACUGCCAGAUCGCGCUGACCAAGAUGAGGAGGCUCCUCUACUUCAUCAUGGGCAUGACCGUCUUCUCCGUUAUAUCAUGGGUGACGAUCACGUUUUUCGACGAGUCAGUCCGGUACCUGGUGGACAAGGAGACUAACGGGACCUACACGGAGCCGGUACCACGCCUGCCAGUGAAGGCCUGGUACCCGUUCGACGCGUUCCAUGGACCGAUGUACAUCUUCGCGUUUGUUUUUCAGGUGUACUGGCUCCUGUUCUCCAUGUCGAUAGCGAACCUCCUGGACCUCAUGUUCUCCUCGUGGCUGAUCUUCGCGUGCGAGCAGCUGCAGCACCUCAAGGCCAUCAUGAAGCCGCUCAUGGAGAUAAGCGCCUCCCUGGACACGUACAGACCGAAUACCGCUGAGCUGUUCCGGAUUUCCUCGGCAGACAAAUCCGAGAAGAUCCCUGAUUCAACUGACAUGGACAUCCGAGGGAUCUACGCGACGCAGCAGGACUUCGGCAUGAUGCCGCGCAUGGGCAGACUCCAGACCUUCGGCAACAACAACAACCCCAACGGCUUGUCACAGAAGCAGGAGAUCCUCGCCAGAUCUGCCAUCAAGUACUGGGUGGAACGACAUAAGCACGUCGUCAGACUGGUCACCUCUAUCGGCGACACGUACGGUACGGCGCUGCUUUUCCACAUGUUGGUAUCAACUAUCACCCUGACCCUGCUCGCUUAUCAAGCUACAAAGAUAAACGGCAUCAACGUGUACGCCUUCAGCACUCUGGGCUACUUGUGCUACACCUUGGGACAGGUGUUCCACUUCUGCAUCUUCGGCAACCGGCUUAUUGAAGAGAGCUCGUCCGUGAUGGAGGCAGCUUACUCGUGCCAAUGGUAUGACGGCUCGGAGGAGGCCAAGACGUUCGUGCAGAUCGUCUGCCAGCAGUGCCAGAAGGCUAUGAGCAUCUCCGGAGCUAAGUUCUUCACGGUGUCCCUGGAUCUGUUCGCUUCUGUACUUGGAGCUGUUGUUACUUACUUCAUGGUGUUGGUGCAACUCAAAUAAACAAAAAAAAACACUGGUAUUAUAUUACAUAAUUAAUGAUCUCUACA